UUGAAAGUUUAUCUAACCUAUACAUCACAAAAUUCAAGACUAUUAUGUGCAUAGUUGGAAACAAAAUCACUUGUUGAAAUCACAUAUUUGCCGGUCAUAAUCACACAUUCGCACUCAUAAACUCAUAAUUUUGAGUAUAAAUUCUACCGGACCAAAUUGUAUCUCUUUUUUUACACAUUGUAGUGAAACAAGUGUAAGAUUCACAACAGAAAGAGAAGCGUUACCGAAGAUGGCGGCACCGGGAGGCGGGAUGUUAGACGGCGGAGUCCCAAUGGCGCAACCACCAGGAACAGACAUGACCGGGAUAUGCUUCAGAGACCAGUUAUGGCUAAACACUUACCCUCUCGAUCGCAACCUCGUCUUCGAUUACUUCGCUUUAUCACCGUUCUACGACUGGACUUGCAACAACGAACAAAUUCGAAUGCGAUCUCUUCACCCACUCGAUCCCUCUCAACUCACGAAAAUGACGGGUAUAGAGUAUGUGCUGAGUGAAGUUAUGGAACCUCACCUUUUCAUUAUUCGGAAACAGAAGAGAGAUAGCCCUGAUAAAGUUACUCCAAUGCUUGCUUAUUACAUCUUGGAUGGUUCUAUUUAUCAAUCUCCACAGUUGUCCAAUGUUUUUGCUGCUCGAGUUGGAAGGGCACUUUAUUAUAUUCAAAAGGCAUUUACUACAGCUGCCUCUAAGUUGGAGAAGAUAGGAUAUGUUGAUUCUGAAAAGGAGACUACAUUGCCAGAACCGAAGGCAGCUAAGGAGACAAUUGACUUAAAAGAAAUUAAACGAGUGGAUCAUAUUCUUGCAUCUUUGCAACGCAAGCUUCCGCCAGCUCCACCUCCACCACCAUUUCCAGAAGGGUAUGUUCCGCCUUCAACAGCAGAAACUGAGAAAGGCCCUGAAACUCAGGAAGCAACUGAGUCGCAAGCACCUACAGUUGAUCCGAUAAUUGAUCAAGGACCUGCAAAAAGAAUGAAAUUUUGAGAUAAAAGGCAAACCGCAAUACCUAUCGAUAUUCAGGUAAAAGAGAAGUUGAUUAAUAUUUAUUCCUUCCAGGAAGGCCUAGUCAAAAGAUGAUUAACUUUGUGUUAUUCUCUGGUCUAUAAUAUGUUGUUCUAUUAUUGUCUUCACCAUGAAUGUACAUAAUUCUCUGUUAGGUUCAAUGUGGAUGGUAUCAAAUUUUAACUUUUCAUUCUAAUCAAUAUAUAGUCUGACAGUGUAAACAAUAUCAAUUUUCAUUGGAAAUUUUCUAUCCACUCCCUAAAAA